UUUGGAAACGUUCAUUCUACUUCCCAGUGCCAUCAUAUUUAUGCAUUAAAAUAUUUCUUCGUAGAAAAGGCUGCGUUAUUUUAAUGUACUUAAGGUUUUACGCUUGUAAUGCACCGCGUAAGCUCUGCCGGGCAUCUGGUUCUGACCAUCCUUCUUUUGUCAGUCUACGGAAGAACGAUAAUGCGCUUUGGCGCUGCAGACUGUCAGCAGGGACUUUACUGUGAUUCCCGGCGACGCUCGCGGCGCUGCCUCGCGACUCCGCGAGGACGUCUCUGACUAGAGCGCGAAACGUUGAGCGCCGCGCGGACGCUAGUCUCUCAACCCUCACGUUUUUAUUACUAUCGUUUUAUCUGUACUUAAAAGUAUUUGCGUAUUAGUUCAGCCAAUCAUAUUUUAACAUAAUAUUAAAUUUGACACAGACGAUCUGUCAGCUAAGACGUUGGUUUCUUAACUUCGGUUCAUUUUCUUUUUAUUUGUGUUACAGCUGGCAAGCCUCGAAUUAAAGCCGUAAUGUCUUCAUCGAGUGACGCGCACCCAGCUUCCUCGGCUUCGGGGGAGUGCUGCUCGGCCUCAGCUGAGGUGACUUUAGGACCCGCCGUUAACGGCCAUGGUCUGGCCGACUUUAGUCUGGUGGAGAUGACCGAGGUGGAGUACACACACCUCCAGCACAUCAUUUACUCACACAUGGAGGCGGCAGAGCAGAGUGAACCGGGGGACGCGGGUCUGGACAUAGACUGUGCCGUCUCCUUCCGGCUGUCCACGCAGUGCAGCCCGGUACCCCCCACCUCUAUUGAAGGUGAUCAUGCAGCGGCUCAAACGCUGUGCCCGGCAGCACCUCGCAGCGGGCGCACGCCAUCCCCCCACGGGCACAACCCGGACUUUCCGGAAAUCAUAACGAUCCCUGCUGGCGAUCCGGCCAAUGAGAGGACCCCAAAUGGCAGCGGAGUGGUCCCUGAGCCUAUCUUAGCUAGGGCCCAGGGUAGAAGCGUGGUGGCCAGAGGGGCUCCAGGGGUGCCGUCCGAGACCCGCCCCAGCCCCACGGCCCGGGUGUGUCUGGAGAAGCGCUUCGAGAUGCCGCACAUGCAGGCCUCUCAUGAGCAGGGGACAACGCUGAGCAGCUUCCUGUCUAUGCUGCACCAUCCCUCAGAGCUUCUGGGAGGUACUGCGGCCUCCGAGCCGAUCAAGUGCCUUAAGAUGGGCCAGGGGAGACUGCCCCCCCCCGGGGCCACGGAGGGAUCCUUAUCGUCACACGGCCAGAGUCUGACAGCCGUGCGCCACACAGUGGGUCCUGCCAAGUAUCCCAGGAACUUCAGCUUCCAGCAGGACUCGCAGCCCCCGAAGGUGGGAUUUUGCAAGUCUGUUGCUGGAUCUGAAGUUUGGGUUAAGCUGGAGGCAGACAAGGCUCCGCACAAGCCAGCACUGCCCGUGAGGCGUGCUCGGGCAAACUUGCGUCCAGGGUGCCUCGAGCGUCACACCCUAAGUGAUAUCCAGAAUGCAGUCAGGGCGGAAGAUGGGGCAACCGGCAUUCGCAAGGCCAGUGUGACGGGAGAGAGCUUGCAGCGAAGAGAGAAGCACAACAGCAUGGAGCGAGACCGUCGUCGGAGGAUUCGAAUUUGCUGCGAUGAGCUGAACAAGCUCGUACCCUUCUGCAGCUUUGACACAGACAAGGCCACCACAUUGCAGUGGACCACUGCCUUCCUCAAGUAUCUCAAGGAGAUCUACGGUGACAGCCUCAAGCAGGAGUUUCAAAACGUCUUUUGUGGCCAAACCGGAAAGCGCAUAAAGCUGGGCCGUGUGUCUGACCCGGCAGUGCCAUAUAGUGAUCCCAGCAGCCCACAUGCCAUUCCAGACAAGCAGAAUUGAGUCCCUAGUUCACACAUCUGGGUAAUAUGCAAUGAGCCUGUACAGCUUAUAUGUACAUAGUCAAUCGCCCCUGUUAUUGCCAUCAGUAUUGUUUACGUCACUAACAUUGAAACAGUAGCAGGUUUAAAACAUGUCUGUUCAUCCUUCAUUUGCAUUCUUGGCAAAGGUUUUUCCAAACUGUUGCUCUGUCUCUAAAUGUUUUGUAUUGAGGGCCAUUUUUAUUGCAUAUUCUUAUGAGCAAUACAGAAGGGGUAGUCUGUGUACCAUUAAAAAAUGUCAUUGUACCCCAGAGGGUACUCUAGAUUUGCAUAUUUUCUCUCCACACAAAAACUCUUUGUCAUAUUUUUUGUGUGUUAUCCUAGUAAAACAGUGUAACACAGAUCACUGGAUCCAAAAGAGGUCAGACUUGAAUUAAACAUUUUAAGUUGCUUUAUAGUAACAUUCCUGUAAUUAAACACACACACUUCAGAAUUGAGCAGAAAAUGAACAUCGACAAAUUGUUUAAUGAAUAAUCACCAAAAGGUGGCACUGUUACUCUAUGAUAGUGUAGUACUUGAUAAUAGUAAGUUGUAAUUUAUUUCUGUUUUAAUUCUUUUUAAGUAACAGUUACUUGUAACAUGAAAACGAACAGUUUGUUAAAAGCUUAAAAAUCGCUAACAAGUAAAUAGUAUUUCCUGCUCUGUAUUUCUCAAGCAAGACUAUGUUGCAUAGAAUGAAGUGUGCUCAAAUGAGGUGAGUAACCUGUCAUUAUUGUGAAGCUUUUUCCUUUCUUUUUGGAAUGGAAAAGGCACUGUCUGGGUGUCCUUUUGUGGCAAUUAAAUGUUUCAGAAAUGUUUAUUAGAUUUAUAAGGGAAGUGAGUUAUUACUGAAAAGCGUUUUUAAUUCUUAAAACAAAGUAUACUACUUCUUCAUACAUGUCAGUUGUACUGCACCAAUUCUUGUUAGUCUUUAAAGCAUGUGCAAAUAUUGUAAUUGUUUUAUUUCCAAGUCAGUAUAUUAAAUUACCUUUACUUAAAACUUUACUUUCAUUUUCAGAAUACUGUGAAAAGGCUAAGACCAUGCAGUCUUCUCUGCAUGACUUUCCAUGCUGUUUUCAUUCUGUGCCUCUUCUGACAAAGCAUCUCCAACUAGUUUGGUUUUCCCUUUAGUUACUAGCUUUAAAAUUCAGGACAUGGUCUGAUCUGUAUAAUUUUGUCACCUACAGCCACAUAAUAGCCUUUGUCUUACAAUGCAGUUGACAGUGAUGCCAUCUCCCCAUGAACACUGUCACUUCCCAGCUGUUCACCUAAAGUAUUGUAACUCUCUAAACCUUCCCUUUUAAGGGGAGAUGAUACUCUGUAUAAUCAUUAAUCUUCCUUAAGCGCUCAGCAUCUUAAGUCACAAUUUUUUACAUGUUGUAUCUGUUGCAUCUUUAUAUAAAUGUACACUGCUAGUGAAAUUUUUUUGCAACCACUGAGAUUUUCUAUAUUUGCAUGUUACUCAAUAUUUACUAAAAUACACUCACUAUUCUUUGCUAACAAAUAACAACCAUGUUCACCAUUUGAGUACCUUUAUUAGCAAGAAAAUGUCUUGUUUUUGAUUCAUCAAUGUAACCACCUCUAACAGUUAUAACAGCAGAGAAAACUGAGACAAGGGACAAUAAAUACUGCUCUGUUUCAUAGGACAAAUCAGUUGACUAGUGCAUUCAAAGUUAA